AUGGCCAGCGCAGCCGUGCAGCUCAUGGGCUUCCUGCUCAGCUUCCUGGGCAUGGUGGGCACACUCAUCACCACCAUCCUGCCGCACUGGCGCCGGACGGCGCACGUGGGCACCAACAUCCUGACGGCCGUGUCCUACCUGAAGGGGCUGUGGAUGGAGUGCGUGUGGCACAGCACGGGCAUCUACCAGUGCCAGAUCUACCGCUCGCUGCUGGCGCUGCCCCGCGACCUGCAGGCGUCCCGCGCGCUCAUGGUCAUCUCCUGCCUGCUGUCGGGCGUGGCCUGCGCCUGCGCCGUGGUCGGCAUGAAGUGCACGCGCUGCGCCAAGGGCACCCCCGCCAAGACCACGUUCGCCGUGCUGGGCGGCGUGUUCUUCAUCCUGGCCGGCCUGCUCUGCAUGGUGGCCGUCUCCUGGACCACCAACGACGUGGUGCAGAACUUCUACAACCCGCUGCUGCCCAGCGGCAUGAAGUUCGAGAUCGGGCAGGCCCUGUACCUCGGCUUCAUCUCCUCGUCCCUGUCGCUCAUCGGCGGCACGCUGCUCUGCCUGGCCUGCCAGGACGAGGCGCCCUCCAGGCCCUACCAGGCUCAGCCCCGGGCCGGCACGGCCACCGCGCCCUCCUACCGGCCCCCCGACGCCUACAAGGACAAUCGGGCCCCCUCGGCCACCUCGGCCUCGCACAACGGGUACAGGCUGAACGACUAUGUGUGA